AUGUUUCAGUCAACUACCACUGAGUCUCUCCCAGCUUGUUUUGAUAACUAUCCGUGUCUAGUCUCUGAGGAUAUGAAUUCUUCUUUGGUAGCCCCUUUCACUCCUGAAGAGGUUCGGAUAGCUCUUUUUCAGAUGGCUCCUACGAAAGCCCCAGGACCAGAUGGCAUGCCUGCUCUGUUUUAUCAGAAAUACUGGCAUAUUGUGGGAGAGGUAGUUACGACAGCUGUGCUUAAUUUUUUGAAUGAAGGGAGAUUUUGUGAUCAGAUAAACCACACCCUCCUUGUUUUGAUUCCUAAAAUUAACAAACCUGAAGCAGUAUCCCACUUCAGACCAAUUAGCCUGUGUAAUGUCCUAUACAAAAUCAUUUCUAAAUGUUUGUGCAAUCGCAUGAAAGGAAUCCUCCCAAAAAUUAUCUCUGAAUCUCAAAGUGCCUUCAUAUCUGGCCGCUUAAUCUCAGAUAAUAUCAUUGUGGCAAAUGAGUGUAUUCACUACAUGAAGGGGCUCAGAUCAAGAAAGGAAGGUUUUAUGGCGUUAAAGUUGGAUCUCAGCAAAGCCUACGAUAGAGUAGAUUGGAGGUUUCUUGAGGCGAUGAUGAGAAUUUCUGGAUUUGCUCCUAAGUGGAUUGAGACUAUUAUGAAAUGUAUAACUUCUGUCUCCUUUUCAGUGGUGCUGAAUGGUUCGGUUCAUGGGCUUAUUAAGCCGACCAGAGGCCUUCGACAGGGAGAUCCUCUUUCUCCCUUCCUUUUUCUCCUCUGUGCCGAGGGUUUUUCUCAUCUGGUCCGCCGGGCUAUGGCUUCUCGAGCCCUUCAUGGUAUAAGUAUUUGUCGUGGUGCUCCUCCAAUCUCUCAUUUGUUAUUUGCGGAUGACAGUUUACUUUUCUGUAAAGCCAAUCUCUCUGAAGCGGAUGAAGUUCUGAAUUUGUUCGCUUUAUAUGAAAGAAUCUCCGGCCAAAGUAUCAAUUUAGAGAAGUCAUCUGUUCACUUCAGCGAAAAUAUUUCCAUUCAUGAUCAGUUGGCUUUGCGUUAUCGGCUUCGUAUGUUGGGCCUUCAUGAAGAUGCCAAAUACUUGGGUCUUCCAGCCUUGGUAACUAGAUCCCGAAAAGCAAUGUUUAGUUACAUAAAGGAGCGAGUGUGGAGGAAAGUAUCAGGCUGGAAGGAAAAGUUUUUAUCUCAGGCAGGCCGUGGUGUCCUCCUCAAGGCUGUAGUUCAGGCUAUCCCUUGUUAUGCCAUGAGCCUUUAUAAAUUUCCUGAUUCUUUAUGCAAAGAGUUAGACAGAUUGGCGAGGAAUUUCUGGUGGGGUAAACGAGACGGAGAACGAAAGUUAGCAUGGGUGGGCUGGAAAACCAUAUGUAAUCAUCAAUCAGAUGGAGGGUUGGGUCUCAGGGACAUGAAAGCUUUUAAUCUUGCUCUGCUUGCAAAGCAAGGAUGGAGAAUUAUCCAAGACCCAGGAUCCUUAUGCAGCAGACUUUUAAAAGCCAGAUAUUUCCCCCACACUUCUUUUCUUGCUGCUUCUAGGGGUCAUUCGCCUUCCUUUGUGUGGUCUUCUAUGUUAGCUGGGCGUGAAAUUCUUAUGAAAGGUCUUCAUUGGAGAGUUGGUAAUGGGGCGACAAUUUCAGUGUGGAAUGAUAAAUGGAUUCCUUCUUCUCCUAACGGGCUUCCUGAAUCACCAAUUGGGGGAAAUGACAUCAAUUUGAAAGUUAGUAAGCUUAUUGAUUCUGAAUCUAGAUCGUGGAAUGACCCCUUGCUUGGCCAAAUCUUUUCCCCAAAUGAUGUGGCCGCCAUCACGCAGAUCCCCUUAUAUGGCCUCAAUAGAGAAGAUUCCCUAGUAUGGUCUCAAAAUACCCAGGGUCGUUUCACAAUAAAAUCAGCUUAUUGGCUUGCUAAGGGAGCCCCAGUUCUACGACAAGAGCAACAUAAUCACAUUCAAUGGGCUCGCCUCUGGAAGUUAGAAAUGCCAAACAAGAUAAAGUUCUUUGCAUGGAGAUUAAGCUAUGAUAGUCUUGCCACAAAAGUCAAUUUGACUCAUAAGGGUAUUUCUCUGGACACCUCUUGCUAUUUGUGUGGUAGUUGUGACGAAAGCUCUCUUCAUCUUUUUCGUGACUGUGCUGCCCUUGUGGAUAUGUGGAAUCGCUGUGAUUUUGUGAGCAUUGCUUUAUCUCUUCCUGUCUUCUCUAUUAGCUCUUGGAUCUCAAAUAUGCUGGAAAUCCUAACCCCUACUGAUAUGACAAAGCUGUUUAGUAUUCUUUAUCACAUUUGGCUAGCAAGGAAUGGGAUUGCAUUCAGGGAUGAGUCUUGGAAGCCUCUUGAAGUUGUGUGUCAAGCAUCCAAGCUGAUUGGGGAUUUUAUUGAAUGUUGUAGUCAUGUAAGCCCAAUUGAGUCUACUAUCUCUGCUUCCACCCCCUCCCGAUGGACCCCUCCAACCAAUGGGUGGUACAAAGUCAAUGUGGAUGGUUCUUGGAAACAAGGAGAGAGUUCGGCUGGGAUUGGAUUCAUUAUUAGGGAUGCUUGUGGAUGCGUCCAUCUAUCGGGUUACAAAAGAGUCUCGCCGGCUGGGGGUCCGGUGAUGAUUGAGGCGCUUGCUUUCCUUUUUGGGGCUCAAAUGGCUACGGAACACCUCCUGUUUCCUUUUUGUCUGGAAGGCGAUGCCCUUCAGGUGGUUAAUGACCUUCGUGGGAACAAUUUGCCUCUCUCGUCCAUUGGUUUUGUGAUUGAGGAUACUAAAGCUUUAAUAGCCUUGGUGGAUCACCACAUUAUCCACACCUCUCGAAGUCAAAACAGAGUAGCGAAUGCUCUUGCUCUGAUGGGAAGACUGUCUUUUUCUUAUAAUUCAUGUAUUUUCCAAGAGGAAGUCCCUGUAUCCACCACCUCUUUCUUCAAGUGGGCUGGGUUUUCUGUCAUGGGCCUCAUCGCAUGUGUUUGUCUUAUUGUCUCAAAUCAGGCUGACCCAAAUAUGGGCCUUGUUCUGUACUGCUCACAUGAGAACGCCGUAAUUUUAUAUGCUAUAGAAGUAAGUUGUUUCCGAGAGCCAAUGGAACGUCAAUCUGUUUCAUAUUUUAGUAUAUACAAAAGGCGAAUCUAUUCUAGUUUGAUUGCAACAAACGAACAGAAAGGACCAAUGGGAGGAAAUGAAGUGGAGACUAACUUGAAAGUUGAAAACCAUUUGGCACAUCUCUCUAUAACAUUCUCAAAAGUUAAUAUCUCUGCACAGAAAGAAUGGACGGUUAGAGAUGGAUGCACUCACACCCACUCAUUCUCUCAAUCAUCUGAGUCUCUCUCUCUCUAA